AUGUUCAAUAUUUUCGAACAGGCUCAUAGAGCUCAUAGAACAAUUUCGAAAAUAACAAUGAAGUGGACAGAGCAUUUGAUGAAAUGGGCCAGAUCGCCACAAAAUGAAAACAAAGUCAAAUUCGUACCUCAAAUGCCAUUUGUACUGAGAAAUCGUAUUACCGGCAAAGGAAGUAUUCAUAAAGAAAAAGGAUGCUUGCAAGAGACUUCUGUUGUUUUAGCUUGUUUAAAACUGAAUGACUUUGAAAACAACAAGUGUCUUAAAGAAAUCGAAGCCUUCGACAAUUGUUACAAAGUUCAUACGAAAAACACCCAGUUUGCCAAAAAUGAAGCACACAAAGGUACACUAGUUCCUGGGGCAAAAAAUCUUAAGUACAAGCAAGUUAACAAAUUACUAUCGAGAUACCCUCAAGAAAAUCGAGACUCCAGAAAAUAG